CAAGUACAUAAAGUUUCCGAAAGUACUUAUCCGGAGAACCUCACUUGCCAUACACUGAUUCUCGUGGAUACACAUACACACAAAGAACUACUAUUAUACAUCAUCGGGAAUCUUCUCCAAAAGAUUCACAAUACUCGUACGAAACUCAUUCAUCCGAUUGUUAUACCGGAUCAAGUUCAAAUAUGUCAGGACGUUCAUCAAGUAGUGGACAAGGUUAUGGAUCUAGAGGAAGUGGUGGAGAACAAAGUGUGAAAUAUAGAGAUUCUGCUGCAGAUAAAAAAUAUAUUGAAGGAAAAACUUCAAGAAGUGGACAUAAUCAUGUUAUCAAUCAUGGAGAUAGUCAUAAACAUUAUGAUUCUGCAGAACCGAGGGCAGGUGAAGGUAGAGAGAGUGAUUAUCAUCCAGCACGUCAUGAGAGACAUGAAAGAGAGAAAUUGCGAGCAUCGGUAAAUCGUCGUUGAGUAGAAUCCAUGAGGUGGAUAG